AAAACUACCGAAUGGAUAUGAACAUAUUUUUAUAUUGCUAUUAUAUAAGUUAUUUGUAACUAUUUUAAAAAACUUAAUGUAAAAUUAUAUUAAAACAUUGUUUAUAAUGAACAAAAGAAUGUUAAAAAAUCUGAUAAGAGUAAAUAUGACGAUUGUGUAUAAAUAAGUUUAUAAGUUAAUCAACAGAAACAGAUAAACCUUUAUACGCUUCUGGCUUUUCUGGAAGACGGAAUUUCGAAUCUCUUGUAAGUUAAUAUUCGUUCUUCAAAUAUUUUAUUAUAGUAAAAUUUGUAAUCACUUUGAUCUGAGGAAACCCACUUUCAGACGUGCAGAGACAUCAUUACUAGUAUUUGUUAAUAACAAGUGCUUUUUGUCAACUUGUUAAUAACAAAUUUUUUUUGGCCAGUUUGUUAAUGACAAGUUUUUUGUCAACUUGUUAAUUACAAGUUUAUAGAAAAAUGUGAAAUAUGUGGGAACUUUUACUAUAUAAACUAUCUCGUAGCGAUGAGAGUAGUUCACAACAAACAAAAUCUAAUCCAGAGUAAAGACACUAGACGCAAAAAAAAUAUGGAAAACAAGUGUUGCGGUGACUGGAACUUCAGAGGCAGCCAUGCGGCCAGGGAAGCCUCAACUGCCCACCUAGGCUUUUACUCCUCUAAAAUCUUGGCUCAGUGCGAUUUUGAGAAGACCAUUUAUCCUCCUCUAGGUGAACCCGCUUUGGCUCACGAUGUGGCUGAAAAUGCGGUUGUUCAAGCCGUCCAGAACGGCAGAGGAAACGCUUAUGCUCCUAGUAUAGGCCUUCCAGCGGCCAAAAAGUAAUAUAUUCUAAUAUACGUAGAUAGAGCAAUAGAAGUACCGUUUAUCCUUUUUGGCCUUUUUUUUUUGUUUGAAAAUAAACUGUCCCAAUUUAUGCCAUUAUCAGGGCCGUAGCAGAGUACCUAAACCGUGAUCUUCCAAAGAAACUGGCACCAGAAGAUGUGUUUAUGACCGUUGGGUGCAAACAAGCCAUCGAGCUCGCGGUUGACCUCUUGGCUAAACCAAAAGCCAACGUCCUGAUUCCGAGCCCUGGCUGGCCAUGGGAAGUAGCUCGAUGCAUCUACCAGAAACUUGAGAUCCGCAAUCAUACGUUCCUCCCCGAAAAGAACUUUGAGAUCGACUUUGAAAGCGUCCGAAAGCAUGCGGAUAAGCACACGUUUGCAAUAUUUAUAAUCAAUCCUCACAAUCCCCAUGGGAACACCUACUCCAGAGCCCAUCUCAAUGAUGUACUUUACAUAUUGUCUAAUUAACAGCGUUCACAUAUGGUCUACUCUUUUUGAUUAUGCCUAUAUUAUUGAAUCGUAGCUUGCUAACUUGGCCAAGGAACUCGGGAUAAUGGUGGUUUCUGACGAAGUUUAUCGAUGGACUGUGUUUGGGAAUAAUCCCUUUGUUCCCAUGGCGACUUUCUCGGAUAUUGUACCUGUGAUGACACUUGGGUCCAUAUCGAAGGGAUGGUGUCUCCCCGGAUGGCGAACUGGCUGGCUCGCCCUGCACGACCUAGAUGGUGUCUUUAAAUGCACCGAGGUCGUGAGUGCUGCUAAAGAAUUUCUUGGGAUAACUUCUAAACCACCAACUGUUAUCCAGGUACAUGACUUUCUAGUUUGAACAGUACUUGUAACCAAAUAUAAUAAAAUAGUUAUGGACCUUCUUUCAACUUAUUACCAAAUUUCAUUUUGUUUAUACUUGGUGAAUUUUUCGAUGUUAUCAUGCAGGAGGCUAUUCCUACCAUCUUGAACGAGACUCCUAAAAGUUUCUUCGAUACUAGGCAAAGCUAUCUGAGAGACAAUGCGGAAUUGGCUUAUUCUAGGCUUGAUGACAUACCUUCCCUUAAAUGCGAUUUUAAACCUGAAGCAUGCACCUUCCUAUGGGUAAUAUAUUUUUAUCACGUUUUCUUAAGACUUAAUUAUAAACCUUUUUAUUUUUAUUUAUUUUGAAACCACUUUGUAAGUUUUUGAAUAAUUUCUUCUUGCAGACCAAACUGAUUUUAGAGAAGUUUAGAGACAUUAACAAUGAUCUAGACUUCUGUAAAAUGCUUGCUCGUGAAGAAAACCUUGUCGUUUUGCCAGGUAUUAAUCAACAGUCCCAUCAAUUACCUACGAUCAACAUCAACGCGUAAUGGCUUAGCAUUGAAGACACAAUAUAAACUCGAUCUAAUUUUAUUAAGAAUCCACAUCUAAAACAUAUAUCUUAGUUUAUUAGGAAUCCCCUUCUAAAGGUUGAGAACGAAAGUAUAUGAAACUUAUUAUGGCAUUUAAGCUCAUAUUAUAUCACUCAACUUGAACCGGAAUUGAUCAGAUCUUAAAUUUGUAUGAUUGAUCUGGUUCUAUCCGUGAUACCUACUGAAAUCAAGCGUAUCAUUGAUGAGAUUUUGCAGAUAGUGACGUGUUACGAACCCCAUAUAGGUCAAAAUAAUUCGUUGGAAAUCUAUCAAUUUUAACAGUUUGUAACAUAGUAACAUAUAUGUUGUGUUCGAUUGGUUUUAGGGAUUGCUUUUGGUGAUCGGAGUGGCUGGGUGAGGCAUUCUAUCGAUAUGGAUACUCUUACUUUGAACAUAGCCUUUGAUAAAUUGACGGACUUCUGUGACCGCCAUACGAAUUUUUCAUUGGCAAUGGCCAGUUCCACUACAGAUGGAGCUUAAUUCGCUCAUCAAAAAAAAAAAAAAUAAAUAAGGGUAACUUAGUUAGGUACCUAAAAAAUUCUCUCUCUAAAAAAAGGGCGACGGCGAUGGCGAUCUAGGGUUCCAUGGUUAUUCGAAAAUGGGAUCCGGGUACUAUCAACGAAGAAUGGAUUGGAGGUUCUCUAUAUCGAAUCAAGGGUGGCAUGUAUUUGGAACACGAUCUCGAUCAGAUCAGCGAUGUAUAGGGAUGGAUCUUAAAGGGGUCUAUAUGGAGACGAUAAGGAAGAUCGGAUUUAUUGGGGAACAAGAUUUGACUUCAAUCAUCCUUAAGAUGAAAUCGAAUGUAUUUAAAGGUAAUAUUGGGAUUGGGAGUGUAGGGAUUUGUUGGUUAAUGGAAACGAUCUUUUGGAUCUUUUGCUUUAUUGAGAAGGUUCGUUAUGAGAUUCAAUGGUGCUUUGUGGUGGAGUUUCAGAAUGGCAAUCACGGAUUCGAUAUCAUUAAGGAAUAUUUACCAAAUAUUAGGUUGGCUAAAUGGAAUAGCUAUAAAAGGAGGAAGGGGUUGUUUCUAUAUUGCAUCGGUUUCUCUUGUCUUAAACCUUCACACGAGAUUUAUUUCUUUUUUGGUAUCAUGGCGCAGAGUCAACUGCUUUCUAAGGGUGAGAUGAAGAAUGGUGACAAUACCCGUAAGAGGUUGAAGAUAACGGUGCCCCACUUUGAUAACUCCGAGUUGAUCAAAAAAUUUUCCAAAACGCUGAUUGGUCGGUGCAUGAACCCGCCGGCGCAAGACAUGAAGGCAUUGAUUACAAACCUUCCGAAGAUAUGGGGGCUGGAGAAUCGGGUUACUGGUACGGAUUUGGGACUUGGAAAGUUUCAAUUUGCUUUUGAAACAGAAGAGGAGUUAGAGGGGGUCUUGAGGCUUCAACCGUAUCACUUCGACUAUUGGAUGCUUUCACUGGCUCGAUGGCAACCAAAGAAAUCUCCACAAUUUCCCUCGGAGAUAACUUUUUGGGUUCGAGUGUUAGGUGUCCCAGCGGAGUUCAGGACGGCGCCUACAUAUGAAAGUGUGGGGGAUGCUAUUGGAAGAACGGUGAUGGUGGAUGUGGAAUAUGCGAGGGUUCAAGUGGUGGUGGACGCAUUUAAGGAGCUUUGCUUCGAAACCACUAUAGACUUCAAGGGGGGAGAAUUCUAUGCGAGUGAGGAAGCCUUGGUGUCUCUACGGUACGAAAAGCUCUUCGGCUUUUGUGAGUUUUGCUCCAGUCUUUGCCAUAAGACUGAGAAGUGCCCUCUGGAUCCUAAGAAUAUAAAGACGAGCCCGGAGAAGACUAGGGAGAUGAAAGAUGGAAAUGGGGGAUGGCACGAGGUAGGCCAACAUGAUGACAGAGCCCGGAGUUAUAAGGGAGUGGUUAUAAAUGGGAAUAGCAAUCAACCAAACAGGGAGAGAGAUAGUAGAGCUUAUCAUGGAAAGGGGAAAGGCAAGGUGGCGGAUGAUCACAAAUGGGUGAAGACAGCGGAGAGGGGUUAUAAGGGAACUUCCUCAUAUCAUGGGAAUUCUCGGGGGGACGCAGGAGGCUCGCAUAAAAGAUCAUUACGAAGAGAGGAAAUGGCGGUUGUGCCACAGGAGGUGCACCGUCGUGCAUCGCCACGACAUGUGGAAGAGCAAAAUGGGAGGGAAGUGGUUCUGGAAGGGACACGGGAGGGAGGAGAGAUAAAGAGUACGGAGGAGGAAACUUUGGCUUCUGCUUCUAAGGAGUUUCAAGUUGCACUGGCUGAAACUCAGGCGAAUGGUUUAGAGAUGAUCUCUGAUCCUGUUGAUAGAGAGGAGGGUUUACUACAAAUCCAAAGCCUGGUCGUGAAGGACAGAACUUCUGAUAGAGUUUCUGAAGGUGACGAGGAGGACGUGAUGGAAAUGGAUGAGUUUCAAGCAGCGCUUUUGGAGCAUGGCUUAGAUGAGCAGACGAUAGAUGCUCUCCCGGCAGUUUCUGAGGAGGAAUUGAAGGAGAUGAUGGCGGGCUAUGAGGAGGAUGAUCAACUUCAGGAGGCAGGAGAGCAGACUAAUGGUGCAGAAGAGAAGAAUAAGGACACUAUGGAGCAGGCACAGAAGCAGGGGACUCGUAAAAGGCUGUUCAAGUCAUCAGUCAUUGUUGCAGGAAGCACAAAGAUGAGGAACGCAGUUGCGCUUGUAUCCCCUCGCAAACGUGCAGCAGCCAGGAUGGGGACUCGUAAAGGGGAUACAAAUAAGCAAUUGGAGAGUAAGGGUUCGUCAAACCUGAACUCUGGAAAUCUGAAGUUUAAUUUAUGGAUCAAGUCUUACAAGUUUCUUCCAAGCAGGGUCUGGGUUUUUUAUUUUUAAAAGUUUUUAUUUUGUUGUUUUGGUGUUGGGUAAGAUCUUUAUAUAAGAUCAUGCUUUGGAAUAAAAUUUGUUAUUUGGAUUAUUGGUAUUGGGCGUGUUGUGAUCAGAUAUGCAUAAUUAUUGACUAUAGAUGUUUGGAUUCUCUC